GCCUCUUUAUUUUUAGAAUGAAGAUAAUGAAAAAACAUUGUUAGCUAUGCUUCUUUUUGGUUUUUUAUUGGCUGAUUCUCUGAAUAGAAAAUGUAUGCACAAACAUGCAUUGUCAACGAUCUACGAGUUAAUGAAUGUCAAAAUACACUAUGUUAAGAAACUUUGAUUCAGAACUACAUAUAUAAAAAGGUCUCUUGCUUGGACCCUUUUUUUCAUCAUUAUUAACACUACAACAUGAAGUUCUUUGGUUUAAUUUCAAUUACUGUAAUCUCUUUCAUCAUGCCUGUUUAUUCUUACUGUGUUUAUAUGAUGGUAGAUAUACCAGAGAUGGGUUAUAAAAUUCGUCAGACACCUAUGAAUGCAGGACUCAAUUAUUUUGCACGGUUUGCUCGAAGCGAUUUAAAGUCAGGCGAAAAAGCCUGUUGUCCUUAUACAAACAGUGAUUGUGUAAGGUCAGGUGGUCAGAAUGAUAAGGUUCAGAUUGCUUACAGAAGACAUUAUAAUGGGUUACAAGAAUUCCCUUCAGUUGUGGAUGUUCCCGGUGGUGGAUGGGUUGAAAUCCAUGGUGAUGCUGACCAUGAAUUGAUUCUUUCUUUCAAUCCUGAUGGUACUUCAUAUGACGGUAACCCUAGAGUCGACCUUCAAGCUGGAGAGAAUUAA